AUGGCCCCAAGCAGUGCCCCCAGCCCAACUCCAAUGGCUCCCACAGGCAUCACAACCAGAACAAGCCAGAAAACAACAGCCAGUAAACCUUUGCUGUCAUUCAGUAAGAGCCCGGAAGACCACACUAUAGGCACCGGGACUCUAACUGACAUCAACAGCACUGCAACAGCAAGAAAACUCCUCACCACCCACGGCCUCACCAUCCCGGUAGCAGGAAAUGCACUCAAAGAGAUCACGGCAGCCCUAUUUGAACUGAGCUUGACCCCUAACACAGGAGCCACCCUCACAGAAAUACUACGGUCCUUUGCAUUCAUCCUCCACGAGGCCAGCCAAACCUAUGACAUAAACAACAUACUAACCAAAGUCGACUCACUAAUCAAAAACCCAAUUGAAAAACUAGAAAACAAUGUCAAGGCACUAACACAACUUGUAGAAAUGCAGAAGACAACCAUGGAAGAAACGGUAAAAGAGGUACACAAUCAAAUGAAUAUGUCCCCAGAAGGAAUAGAGAAAGCACUAGAAUCAGCGAUCCAAAAGACUAACCAACAAUCAAGGCUGCAAACAGAGCUCAGAGGGUCUGAAGGACCUAGAACUUAUGCAGAUGCGAUCAAAGCAGGAACUCCUGCUCAACUGACCAAAAUUCUUGCCCGCAAUGAAGCUCAAACACGUCAAAUACUCAUCGACAGAAGAUCCCUCCUGUCCCCCAAUUCUCUCAGAGACCUAACGGAGUCCCAGCUGGUCACAAAGGCGUCCAUGGCCCUAGAACUAAUGACUCAACAGAACAUCGAAUACCCGCAAGACCUCUCCUUCAUUUCAGCAAGAAGGCUCCCACAUGGAGGAAUUCUCUAUGAACUCAACACCAAGGAGUCAGCUGAAUGGUUCAACACCCCCGCCAACAAGAGCAACUUUCUAGAAUUCUACGGUACUAACGUAACAAUCAAAGACAGAUUCUUCCAUGUUCUAAUGGAAAAUGUACCAAUCUCAUUCGUCCCCAACAACCCAGCAGCUUUAGCGGUGUAG